CCAGUCUGGUGUACCCCUGCACCCUGCGUCCCGGCCCUGAGUCCCUUUCCUCGCUCCCAAGUCCGGCCCUCGCCCCGCCCAGGCUCAGCCGCCAUGGAGCGCUGGCCUUGGCCGUCGGGCGGCGCCUGGCUGCUCGUGGCGGCCCGCGCUCUGCUGCAGCUACUGCGCGCAGACCUGCGUCUGGGCCGCCCGUUGCUGGCGGCGCUGGCGCUGCUGGCCGCGCUCGACUGGCUGUGCCAGCGCCUGCUGCCCCCGCCGGCCGCACUCGCCGUGUUGGCUGCCGCUGGCUGGAUCGCGUUGUCCCGCCUGGCGCGCCCGCUGCGCCUGCCGGUGGCCACUCGCGCGGUGCUCAUCACCGGCUGUGACUCUGGUUUUGGCAAGGAGACGGCCAAGAAACUGGAUGCCAUGGGCUUCACGGUACUGGCCACUGUGUUGGAGUUGAAUAGCCCCGGCGCCCUAGAGCUGCGUGCCUGCUGUUCCCCUCGCCUAAGGCUGCUGCAGAUGGACCUGACUAAGCCAGCGGACAUUAGCCGUGCACUGGAGUUCACCAAGGCUCAUACCACCAGCACUGGCCUGUGGGGCCUGGUCAACAAUGCAGGCUUCAAUGAGGUAGUAGCUGAUGUGGAGCUGUCUCCAGUGGCCACCUUCCGCAACUGCAUGGAAGUGAACUUCUUUGGUGCACUGGAGCUGACUAAGGGCCUCCUGCCACUCCUGCGCCACUCAAAGGGUCGCAUUGUAACAGUGGGCAGCCCAGCAGGAGACAUGCCAUAUCCAUGCUUGGCAGCCUAUGGGACCUCCAAGGCAGCCAUGGCACUGCUCAUGGACAUAUUCAGCUGUGAACUGCUUCCCUGGGGUAUCAAAGUUAGCGUUAUCCAGCCUGGCUGCUUCAAGACAGAGUCAGUGAGAAACGUGAGCCAAUGGGAACAGCGCAAGCAAUUGCUGCUGGCCAACCUGCCACCAGAGCUGCUGCAAGCCUAUGGUGAAGACUACAUUGAACACUUGCAUGGGCAGUUUCUGCAUUCGCUGGGCCUGGCCCUACCAGACCUCAGCCCAGUUGUAGAUGCCAUCACUGAUGCACUGCUGGCAGCUCAGCCACGCCGCCGCUAUUACCCAGGUCGUGGCCUGGGGCUCAUGUACUUCAUCCACUACUACCUGCCAGAGGGCCUGCGGCGCCGUUUCCUGCAGAACUUCUUCAUCAAUCCCUGUCUUCCUCGAGCACUGCGGCCUAGCCAUCCUGGCCCUAAACCUGCCCAGGAUACACCCCAGGACCCAAACCCAAACCCAAACCCUUCCCCAGGGGCAGCUCGGUGAGCUAUAUGUGUAUAAGGCCUAGCUGCUCCAGCACAGGAGACUCUGUGAGCACUCCUUGCUCUUCCCUGGCUAUUAUGACCCCCUCAAGUCUGCCCUAGAACCUGGCCUAAACAACUCCAGUCCCACCCACUGCAGAUGUCCAGUCCAGGUCCAGGAUGAGGUUUUCCAGUGAUCCUCUGGGCCUCUCUACUGCUUCACGAACCCACAAAGACCUUCUUGGGCGCAGUGUUUCACCCUACAGCUUGGAGAACCCAGAUGAAUGGGAAGUUUAGGUAAGAUUUAGCUGCAGCCUUUGACAGGACCCUGCCUCUGCAAACUAAGGAGUGACUGGGUAAUUAGGGACCUUUCCAGGAUUGUUUCUUAGCACCUGUGCCUCAGUGCUACAAUUCCAGGGUUAAAUUCCAACUGUCUCUUGACCAGCUCAACAAUUAGAAGCCCAAUCUCCCUCCCCAAGCCACAAGGAACUGCAUACCCAACUUACCCAAUUGCUACUUUUUAAAUAAAGACAAAAUUUUAUUUCUC